UAAUUAUAACAUCGCGAAGGAUUUGUGGGGUUUGUUGCUGGGCGGGUCUCUUCCCUCGGCAGUUACCUUCAUCGAAUUCGAUCUUCUUCCUCUUCCGAAAUCGUUAAAUCUUCCCAUAAAAUUCCUUCUAGAAAUUGACGGCGAAGCCUAAGCGCGUGAAUUAGAGACAAGAGACAGAGAAAGAGAAAAACAAACGCCUCGUUGUUGGUGGCGGAGGGAGAUGCGAUCGCAGCUGUUGGCUACGCCGUGGCGGCGAGUCAGCGAUGAGCGGUUGCUUGUGUGGUUAUCUCCGGCGGAGAAUAACCGAUUUUGAAUGGGAUAUAAUAAACUGCAGAUGAGCUGGAUGCCGAGUCUACUGAGUCAGAAGCGUAGGAAUGGUCCUCCCUUAGGGUUACGAAAUCUCGGCAACACCUGCUACCUCAAUAGUGUCCUUCAGUGCCUCACUUACACUCCUCCUCUCGCUAAUUUCUGCCUUACUCACAAACACUCCUCUCACUGCGACUCGUUUGUGGAUGGGGAGCGGAAACGGGACUGUCCUUUCUGCAUAGUAGAGAGAAGAAUAGCAAGGUCUCUUAGUGUGGAUCUAACAACCGAUGCGCCUAACAAGAUUUCAAGCUGCCUUAAAAUUUUUGCUGAGCAUUUUAAGUUUGGUCGUCAAGAAGACGCUCAUGAGUUCUUGCGGUAUGUCAUUGAUGCAUGCCACAAUACAUCUCUCCGCUUAAAGAAGUUGCGAGUCAAGGGUAAUGAGCCCUUUAAUGGCAAUACUACUGCUGUGAUGGAGAUUUUUGGUGGCUCUUUGCAGAGCCAGAUUAAGUGUUUGUCAUGUGGUGCUGAGUCUAAUAAAGCGGAUGAGAUUAUGGAUAUCAGUCUUGAGAUUUUGAACAGUAGCUCAUUGAAGGAAUCGUUGCAAAAGUUCUUUCAGCCUGAGAUUUUAGAUGGCAACAAUAAGUAUAGAUGUGAGAGCUGUACGAAAUUGGUGACGGCAAGGAAGCAGAUGUCUAUACUCCAAUCCCCUAACGUCCUUGUUAUUCAAUUGAAAAGGUUUGGGGGUAUUUAUGGUGGGAAGAUAGAUAAAGCCAUUUCAUUUGGUGAGAUUCUGGUUCUCUCGAACUUCAUGAGUAAAGCAAGCAAGGACCCUCAAACGGAGUAUAAGCUUUUUGGAAUAAUUGUGCAUGCAGGAUUUUCUCCUGAAUCUGGGCAUUAUUAUGCAUACGUUAAGGAUUCCUUGGGCCAAUGGUAUUGCUGCAAUGAUUCUCUUGUCUCACGCUCCACCUUGCAGGAGGUUUUGUCAGAGAAAGCUUAUAUCCUGUUUUUCAGCCGUUCAAACCCGAGGCCAGCAUCUGCUAAAACUCUGGUGACAUCCAAUGGGACUACAUCUCCUGAGGUUAAUGGCUGCGAGACAUCAAAGCCCCAGAAGUUUAUCGGUCCCCUUAAUGGUUUCAACAUGAAACGUCAAGCCGAGCAGUCCGUCCAGAAGGCUAACCUAGCUCCUACAAAGCCCCAUAAAUUCAUUGGACCCAAACCACGAACCGAGCAGGCCCUUCAAAAGGAUAACCUGCUUUCUUCCAAAGUAGAAUUGGCGCCUCUAAAGCCACAUGCGAAGAUAUCUGUCAACCUUGUCAACCUUAAUGCCAAAAGGGUCUCUCCCUCGGUCAAUGGUAGACUACUUUCUUUCCACCAAGAUGAGAACAUAGCUCCGAAGGCGAACAAAGAGAAUAGUGUAUCAGUUUCGUCAGCUAGAGUUUUCUCUGGCAAGGAGAGAAAGUUUGGUACUGAAAAUGGUGGCAAUGGAGUUAAAGAAAACGGCUGUGCACCAGGUAGUAGUAGUAAUCAUAAAGUGGCAUUGCAAACCAAUGGGCAUAGUAAUGGCUCCAGCAAUGGGGGUGAUCACCACAAGGAUAACCUUAAUCCAUGCGAGAGUAAUGGCUCACAAAAUGAAACUGAUCACCAGGAAAAUGAGAAGAACGAUGUUACUACCACUCAAGCCAAAGCCUUGGGCUCUUCAACAAAAGAAGACCCUUGCAUUUUGCUCAGGAAAGAUGAGUCAUCUCGGAAUGAACUUGAAGCAAUAAAAGAGAGCCUGAAGAAAGAUGCGCUGUCACAUCUACGGUCAUGCGGAUGGUAUGAUAAGGUACAAAUCUCCAUGCGUGCCAAGAAGAGAUUGCGCACAGAGCAAUCAGGAGGAGAAGAUGGUAACGACUUAAAGAGGAGGUUGAUUGAAGAUGUAAAAACAAGUUUAAAAUCGCAGAUUCCAGAAGAACUAAAAGCAGAUCUGGUAAGCCGUAUCUGGGAAAUUAGCAAGAAGAAGUACUCGUGAAACAUUGGUUUUGCUUAAACCAAAAUGACUUGGAUGCUUAAAUCCCCUACUUGGUUCCCCACAACACACUCUUCAGUCCUCAUUUUCCAUCAUUGCUUAACCCAUCUGGUUGGUGUGUGAUACAGUGAGAGCGGAUCGAGAUUUUUUCCUAUGAGGGUCUCUUAUUAUUACAUUUUUGGAAGAGAGUAAAAAGUAAAUUACCGGAAAAGGAAAAAUUAAUAGAUAUCUCAUUCUGUAUAAUAUAAAGCCUUCUUUUUGUUCUCGUA